UACCCGGAGAAAAGACCUGCUUACGAAAACUUGUUGAAGGUGUUUGACAAGGUUACCUGGUUUGGGAUUCUAGUAAGUUUGAUUUCAACAAGUAUCGGAAUGCUAUUUAUUUCCAAAAUGGUUAAAGCGCUUGGUUUUAAACAGCCUGAUAAUGUGUUGGUGGCUCUGAUUCCUUUUUCUUUAAUAAAUGCUGAAGCAAUGCCAGACCUGUUUCUUUUCUCUAAACAUCGAGUGUACUCUGGAAGCUUAAUCUUACUUACUUGGGCUCUGGCAUCAGCACUCCUGACAAUGGGGUUUUCCAGUAACCUUAGGGCCAUACUUUUAGCUCCUUCUUGGGACCCUUUCCUAGAUACACAUUCUCAAAUUGCUCAAAGGGGCAUGACCUUGGCAUUUGACAGUGAAUUCAUGGUCUAUUAUGACAAACUGUCAAAAUCUGAGGAUUCAAAUGUGAUCAAAAUAAUGAGUACAACUAUUUUUGUUCACAACAAGCAAGAAAUGGUGGAUCUAAUUGCAGACAAAGGGAUAGCAAAUUUGGUUUUUUUUGAUUUGGAUCUCAUACCGGAGGAUUAUAAACUAUACACUAGUGAUGAACACUUAACCUCUGACCUUUCUGGUUGGAUUAUGCAGAAGAGAUCAAAAUGGCAGGAAAUACUCAACCAUUUUGAGUGUAUAUCUCAUCAGGCUGCAUUAUCUGACUACAUAGAUUCUAGAUAUUCCGAGAUAAAAUGGGAUGAAGAAACAUAUACAUUGGAAAGACUAAGUUUAGAACAUGUGGUAGCUGGAUUUGUUCUGCUUGGUAUUGGCCUUGGAACUGCUACUCUAGUGUUCUGUGUGGAAUUAUUGUUACUUUAAGACAACUACAAAUAUACAAAUCCAAUAAAAAAUAAAUAAUUCUGAAAAAA